AUGUUGCUGACCAUGGUGUUCUCGCUCUCACACGUGCCGCUGGUGUUUCGAACCGCGGAGGUGCUCGGGGGGGGGGGACGGUGGUCCACGCUGAUGACGAAGGGGGUGAGGAUACCGCGACUAAGGGUGCAACCCGCGAUGAGGCUGACCGCGCUGUUGCGCGUGAGGGUGCGCAAUCCGAGCGUGCAGGACAUGCUGAAGCAGAAGUGGGGCGCUGCAUCGCGAGGUGCAGCACCGCCUGGUCAACCGGGUUCGAGCUUGCGCUCCAUCCCACCUGGAGAAGCUGCACCCAAACCACCGGGCCCUGCCGGGGCAACCGCGAUAGUGACAAGUACUUCUGCAGCGGCUGCUGCGGCAGAGGGCAGGCAGAUCACGCUCGCACCCGCUCGUGCUGCAAUCACCGCGGGAAAUUUGCACAGCGCACUGGCAUCUGCAAGUCCUAUCGCGGCCUCGAUCGAGGUCAAGGCGGAGAAACGCGGACGGGGUGGCAAGAAGUUGCCCACUCCACCCGUGUACACGAUCGACGAGGACGAUGCGGAUGAGGAGCUGGAGGGUCUCGUGAGCAGGUGGGUCGAGGCGGGCGACAGAGGAGAGCAGGGUGGGGAGGCUGCGGUCGAUGUUUAUAGUGGCGGGGAGAGCGCGGACGAGCAAGACGGAGACCCCGUGAUCGUGAAAGGUGGCACAACGGGAGGACAUGGUGACACCGGCCCCAAGCGCAAGGGCUGCGGCAUCCGCGCUCCACCCAGGGGCGGGCCCGUAUUGGUUUCUGAACCCCAUCUGGGGGGGAAGAAGCGAUGGCUCGGACACGGCGACCGCCAAGACCUGCAGUACAAGACCGCGAUCGCGAUGUAUCCCUACGACGGGAAGGUCGACCCCGGGCUGAACCUGAGCCAGCAGCAGAUCCGAGAAUGGGCCGCGAACCUGUCCAUCGCCGAGAGGUUACAUACGGGCCUCUUAAUCACCAUGCACUACCGCAACCUCGUGGCAAGCAAGGACAGGUGGCAGCGCAUGUUCGAUUCCUAUCGCGGGCUAACCAAGCCCGGAAUGCACACCACCAACGUGAUUGCAUGGGCCGCGGUGGUAGGCAAGGAGGCUGCAGCAGAAGAAGCGGAUCUCGGCGAUGUGGAGCCGACGGACUACGCGGGAGCGAUCGCAUGCGCCAUUGCAAUGGUGUGGGAGGUCACUCGCGGUUCUAACGUCACUGCCGCAGCGGAUAAUGGAAACCUGGCCGCGCGUGCUGCUGGUUGCUAUGGAGAGCGAAGCCGUCUCUUCCCCGUAGUAUCCGCGUACGUCAUCAAUGCGGUGCGAAAGCGCAAUCGCCGCGAGGAAGAUGAGCCACAGGUUGUCGCGGACCCGAAGGCGGUCGCCGCCGCGAUCGUGUCCGGAGUCGUGAACGAGGUCGUUGCAAAGUCUCGCGAUCUCAUGCAUAUUGAGUUGGCCGCCCGCAAAACGGUGGACGUUAUCAUCACCUGGUGCGACUGCUCGGUGGUAGGGAAGCAGAUGGAGUCCUUGGGUUUGUACCUUGCCCUGCCCAAGGAUCGUCUGAAGAAGCGGACUUGA